AUGGGAUCGCUUACAUACGUCAACGCUGAGUAUUGGGAGAUCCGGGGGGGUCGGGGCUUGCAACAUCUAGACGUGGAGAAACGAUGGCAGGCUGCAAGAAUCCUCCCGGAUCGAUCAGGCGCUGGCCCAGAAGGAUUCUCCGUUCCUGAUUGCCCUCUCGCAAGGAUGAAACUUGGCCCAGCCAGGCAGGACGAGGAUGCGUCUGCCCAGGAUCUCCCACCUGGCUCGCCACGGGACAUCGCCAGGUAUCGCCAGGAGUUUGACAGGCACGAUUACCUCAACUCCGGCUUCGUGGCCACCAAGGAAUUGAGAGAGAUUCUGAAAGCACUGGGGCGAAACCUUUCCGACGCAGCCGCGAGCAUCCUGCUGAAGCAGAUCGACAGCGACGGCUCUGGCACCGUUGACUUCGAGGAGUUCCUUGGCGGGUGCUUCGGGAUCAGAGAGCCUCGUCCGGAGGACAAGCCUCCUUCCCCACACGAGGUUGUCUACCGUCAGAUGCUCGACUGCAUCUACCGCGACGAUCUGUCCAAGAUGCGGAAAUUGGCGGUGGAACACGGGAUCAGAGACUUUGUCGACCCUGUAACAGCGGUCGGAUUGAUCCAUGUGGCUGCUCGGAGCGGAGGAGAGAGGAUGGUUCUGCUUCUCCUUGAGCUGUCGGCCGAUCCCAACGAGGUCACCGACUCUGGGGAAACCCCUCUGCAUUUUGCCGCAGAGAGCUCGCACAGGGAGCGAGGCAGAGUCAUCACUGCGCUGCUGGCCGCGGGAGCCGACACAAGAACGAGAGAUACGGACUCUUCGAACGCUUGUCUAGAGUACAUGUACAAGGAGUCGAAGGCUUCAGGAUUUGCAUGGGAGGAUGACAGGGAAAUGCUGGAGAGGCUGAAAAAUCACCGGAGAAAGAAUUUCGCAGCUCACGGAUAUCACCUCAUGAAGAACAAGAACAAGGUUAGGAGAGGAUGGAUGAUAAGUUGUGUUCUGACGAAACUUCUGCGACCCAAGAACAAGAGAAGACUCACCGCAAGCAUCACAAACAUCGUCGACAUCAUCACCAUCACCAUCACCAUCACCACCAACAACCAGAAGAACAACAGAAGAAAACGAAAGAAAGGUAUCCGACUUUUGCAGCUCCAGCAAAGAAGCAAAGGAGAAGGAGACUACCCAGGACUCGCUCACAUGGUUGAAACGAGAGCACAGAAAGUACUCAAACAUGUUGUGCUACAGACCGAUAACUUGCAAAUGCAGGAUACGUCAAGCCAAGGAUGA